UCAAGAAUUGUGGAAGCAUGGUCGGGUGAAUAAAAGCGGUGUAAUUGAAAACAAAGAAACUCAGCAAGUUUGGGAGAAAUGUGUUCAAUUGUCACAAACGAAUUCAGAAGAGAUGAGUAAUGAUCACUCCAACAUUUUGAGUCAAGCUUUAUGUCUCCCAGAGUAUCCAGGUCGUGUUAGGGGAAUGGGAUUUGGAGUCGGUCAUAAAGAUUAUUUCCCGUCCAAAAAGCGUCAUACGCACCAUGAGCAUGAUAAAUUAACUGCCCAAUUGAAAGAUAUGUCAGAAAGAAUGACACGAAUGGAAAAGAUGAUUUCGCUUCGAAACAUUGACACACCAAAUACUAAUGAAGAAGUUAAUAUUAAUAGUGACCAAGGGAGUUGCACAUUGUCAUCAAUUAGUUUUCCCAAGAUAACUAACUUAUCUACAUUAAUUUCAUUAUUACUUUAAUUUGCUUACUUUAAAUUAUGUUUUAUUGUAGGGGGUCUCAAGUUGUAAAUUGUUUACAUUAUCACCAUCAAUUUGCUUGGUUGCUCAUGGAAAAUUGCAUAAUUUUAAGGAUGAUACACUACAUGGUAGACCUUUACCUAAGGGUCAUGUCAAAGUUAGUAUUGAUAUUGCUUUAGAGCCAAAUGUAUCCUUGCCUAUACCAAUUGAUGAUGAUGACAUUAUGACAAUAGGACAAGCAAUAGGUACAUUUGUGGCAUGGCCAAUGAAUUUCAUCCAGAUUAGUAAUGAGGAUUCUACUCAACCAAAAAAGAAAAAGAUGAAUAAUUCAAAUGAAUGUGUCGCACCUAAAAAGAAAUGUCAAGGAAAAAUGACCAUUCAACAUACUCCUCAAAAACUGUUUCAUCCCAAUCUUUCUGAAUGGUGCAAUUACCUCUCUUCAUACAUGAAACUAAAUCCAUCACAGACAUUUUGUCCAGUAGAAAUGGAAAAAAACAUAUUUGGAAUAACUAAUCAUGAAGAAAUCAUUAGUGCAGAAAUUAUUGAAGAAGUUAUAAACUAUGCAUGGCUAGGUGCAACUACAAUUUCUAUAUAUAUCAGGUACCUAUAUCAAAAUUUUGUUAAGUCAAAUGAUAAGGCAUUCUUUUUUUUAUCACCCCAAAUCACAACACAUGAGUUGUCAGUGAAAGACAGAAUGCAAAAAAUAGUCACUCUUUUUCUUGAUAAUGGGGUGAUUGAUAAGUUUGUUCUUGCACCUNUUAAUACCGGGUAAUACCUUAUUUUACAACUUUAUGAACAAUGUAUUAUUUUCAAGGUUAGAUGUACAAAUUCUAAUUUUGUUGAUUCAUUUCAAAUUGUAGCC